CGCGCCAGCCCCCUGGUCGUGCCCCCUCUAUCAUCGUCGACGAAUUUGAUGACUGUUCGCCUCGCGCUCGAUCGCCUCGCGCACGAAGCCGGCUCGGUGCCAAUGCUGCUCGUCGUGCCCGAGACACCAGCUUUCCGCUGUCGUGCUCGAGAGGCGGCAGCAGGCGCUAUCGUGCUCGAGGUUGGCUGCUCGUACGGAGAGGCGACCGCAUCCCUUCUCGCCGCGGGUGCGGCGUCUGUGCUCGGGCUCGACUCAUCGAUCGAGUGCCUCCGCUCCGCUCGCGGCUCGGAGCGACUCGCGCCGCACCUCUCGACCGGACGCCUCUCCCUCCGCCUGCUCGACGCGCUUCGCUACCCAGCGCAGCUCCAGGCGGCCGCGCAGUCCGUUCGGCCUUCGGUGGUGCUGCUCGAUAUUGGCGGGGACCGUGACCUGCCCUCUGUCUUUCGCACGCUCUGCGCCCUGACCGACGCCACGUCGAGCCGGCCACCCAGGCUCUUCCUCGUCAAAAGCCGCGAGCUGUACGCCGCCGCCGCCGCCGCCGCCGCCGCCGGUGUCGGCACGUGGAGCACCUUGCGAGAGCGGCUGGCGAAGCAUGUCUCUCCGCCGCCGGCCUCGGGCGAGCGAGUGGCGGAGCGGGCCCGGGAGGGGCUGCGGGCGGCGGGAGGAGGCGGAGGAGGAGGCGAAGGAGGAGCCUCGGCGGGCGGUGUGGGCAGAGAGGAGGCGGAGGCGACGGCGCCGCUUUGCCACGCGUUCCUCAACACGGGCGCCUGCCGCCGCCGAAAGGGCUGCGGCUUCCGCCAUGUGCAGCCCGACCACCCCGACGCGAUCGCCGACGCAGCCAAGCGCGCGGCCCCGGGCCGCGCGCCCAGCCCGGCUGGCUGCCCGCGAGGCUCGAGGCGAGGCUGCUGCCGGGCGAGAGCCAGCUCGCCAGGCUCGAGUGCGCGCCCACCGAGCCGUCCACGGCGUGCGCCGCAGCUGAGACAGUGUUUUUAUACAGGCAAGGUUGAAG